AUGAUUCCACCCUCAUCAGGCAUAUCGAACCGUGCGAUGCAUAAGCAGCAAGCUCUUGUCGAUGUAGGCGGUGUUUCGAGGAUGGGCCUCUUGCACGGCAUGGUCAAGGCUUCGAGGGUUCAUCGGGCUCCCGUUGAUGGGGAAAUAACGGGAGAUGAGAUCCCUGGGGUCGUAGGUGCGCCACACGACUCUCCUCACUGCUUUCUGGCGCCAAAGUUGGCAAGAUUUUUCCUUGACCCAAGGCGCUACGACGAGGAUCACGGUGUAGGUGCGCUGCAAGGUGUUGUCAUGAACAUUUGGUUGGACGCGCAGCAGACGGAGGAGACACAGUUUGCCUCUGACAAUGUUCCAACGACGGCAGAGAGAAAGGAAGAAGGCGAACUCGAUAUCUAA